AUGAACUUGGCGGAUCUCAACAACUAUUGUUUGCUCAAUAUUAUGGAUUACUUAAACACGGAGGAUAAGUUACGUCUGUGGAAAGCUACUGAGCCAACAACCCGCCUGGCGGAUAUUACUUCUUAUUCCUGGAGGCGCCGAACCAACCAUCACAUCGACUUGAACCACUUUACCGAUUUGGAGCUUCUAAAUACCUUCUUGUCGAUCAUUUGUUCCACUGUGGUAGAAGUUCAUCUAACAAUGGGCGAUGAUCGGGAACCACAAUUAAAUGUGUUCCGUAGACACAUUUUUUCCAAGGCUCGUAUCUUAACGAUAAUAGUGAAAAUUGUAUAUGAAUUUGAAAUGCGGACAAGCAUCGACUGGGAAAUUGGUGUACUUGCCGAUUGCUUUCCCAAUAUCGAGCGUUUGCUUGUGGACGGUGAAAAUUGUACUCCCACCGGCCGAAACUUCUCCAAAUGGAAUCGCCUCACUCAUCUCCACGUUGUGAAGGCCUCAGAGUAUUGGACGACGCACAACUUUUGGGUAGUAUGCGAUAGCGCAAAAAAUAUUACAGCGCUCUCCAUUGAUUUCGAUGACGAGUACACCUUGAAAGCGACUCCCUACGUAGAAGCUAUAUGUUCGUUGAAGAAUCUGGAGCAACUCUGGAUCAAGGCCACAAACAUUAACAAGGAGAAUGCCUUAAAGCUACUGACCGAGCUUCCCAAGCUGUGCAUCUUUUGCUGUAACGAAGUUGGCCAAAACUGGGCCCCGCUGCGGAGUCUGCUUGAGACUAGGGCACACGACGUCCUUUCCAUCACCCUUAGCGAUUUCUGGAUGUGCUAUAGCCCUGACGAUAUUCAGCCCGAUACUGAUGAUACUGAGGCUCGUGCGCAAUAUAGUCAGGUGCUUAAGCAUUUCAAGCGCCUCGAGGUUAUACAUUUGAAGCGCACGAACAUGUGUGGAACUGGUAAUCAUUUUUGGGACCUAAUAUACCUGUGCCCACAGCUGAAAAUGAUUAGCGUAAAGCUGGUCGAUAUGAGUUUCUUCCAGUCCUCGAUCUUAAACAUAAACAGAGCCUUGCGCCAUCGUACCCAGCCGCUGAACUUCCACGUCCAGGAUACGUCUCAGAAACACCUUAUUACCGACAUGCUAACUCGCCCCGAUUUGAAGUUGACUUUUGGACCAUUGACCAAACAACUACAUGUCUUUGAUAACUUCUGCAUCGAGUUCGAGCUUUUUCCUAUCGCAUCUUAA